CUUCGAAUUUAACUCGCCAAGAAACUUCAAAAAAGGAGAAUGAUCAAAAUCACGGAGGAGGAAGGUCGCUGGGCAACCAACUCCACCAUCGUCCAGUAUCUUGAGGUUCCGGAUGAGCCGAUAAACUUCUGGAUUGUGGCGGCAGCUGCCUCUGUAUCUGGAGUAGCUCUUCUCUCACAGAUUCCGAUAGUGUUGAUUGGUCUGGGUCUGGAGGGUGACUUUUCUGCGAAGACGCUGAUGGUGGUCCAGGCAGUGGCUGAGAUGCUGCGACGGGCAGCUGCCACCUACCUCGCACUCUGCGGAGCCAUCGAAAAGGAGUCCUGCUUUGCACAUAUCUCUCAAUUGUCGUGCAAGAUUUCGCUCUACUUCAUUUUCGUCGUUAUGCUUGUUCCUGAUUGGCUGAUGAUGCUGGUUGCUUUGGAUCGUGUGCUGGCUAUAGAGAGAGGAGUGUGGUACAGAAUUCACUGCACCGUGAGAAGCGCAUGGAUCCCAAUUUCGGCGGUGAUCUUGUUUUUAGGCAUAGUUGGAACCCCAAGAAUUGGGUUUGGAGAGCUAAUUCCAGAGACACCCGCAUGCAGACAGGUCUCGUACAAACUGUACGUUCCAAUGAUCACUAUUCUGGGAAUACCUGCUCUGGUGCUGGUGGCCGCAAUGACCGCGAGACUCAUCUACAACCUCUCUCCUGUGAAACGCACUACUGCACCGAAUCUUGGCCGGCGAGCAACUGACCCAAACUCACAAAGAGUGAAUAUAGCACUGACACUGCAUUGUGUGAUUUUCACCAUCUUCUCUCUCAUCCAAUACGCAAUAUUUCUCGUGGCGCGAUCGGUUGUUGCCAUUUAA